AUGGGCGAGUUCGACGAUUACUGGGCGCGGGCGUACAGGGGCGACCCCGCGGUGCCGCACUCGGACCCGCAGCGGCUCAUCUCCACCUGGACCGGCGCCUUCGCCCUCGGCGCCGCCGCCUGCGUCCACCACCACGUCUCCGGCCUCGCCUCCAACAUCAAGUCCCUUCCCCACAGGUACCUUUAUGAUCAAUCAAUAUGUGUCUGGAAAGAUUAUCUGAAUUGUGAAAGUAGUAGUCGACCUGGUCGUCAGCACUGCUCUAUUUGCGGUCUUCCUGGUUGUAUCAACAGAUACGAUAUCUCCAUUGGAUGUGCUUUGCUUGGGACUAGGAGCUGGCAAGACAUGACAAUGAUGCUCGAUCAGAAGCGCUGGAAGAAAAUUCUCGACAAGAAGCAGCAACAAGCUUAA